AUAGUCGUCGUUUCGAAGUCGCGGCGGCUACAACGUCAAAAUCGUAAUAAUAAUAAUAACGUUAUUAUUAUUAUUACUAUUGCCGUCGUGUCCACAUCCGUGUUAUUACCGUACACACCUCUAUCUAUAUUAUAAUAUGUAAAUACCAAAUAAUUGUAAGUACAUAAUAAUAAUAAUAAUAGCAUAUUAUUAUCUUUGUAUAUAAACGACGCCGUCCGCGCCGCGGCCCGGCGGCCGCUCGUGCGUGCACAGAUACCGCUUUCACGUCGUCGCCUUAACCCUUUUUUCCCCUCCACCACAAACCACCUCCACCACCGUCGCCGCCGCCGAGGUCUCCGCACGGCCGCACGGGCGCCUACUAUAUUCCUUUGACCCUGCCGCCACCGCCGAGUCGUGCUCGACGCGAACCAGAACAUUUUAAUCAAUAACAAGAUAAGGUGUUGUCCGCUCCGCUAUCACGUCGAGACGACGACGGCGGGUCUCGUCGUGAUAAAACGGCCGCCGCGUAAUAUCAAUUAUCAAUAUUAUAAUAUUAUCGUGAUAAACAGUAAUAGUAGUAAUAACAAUAAUGAGGUGAUUAAUAAUAAUAUUUAAAAUAUUAUUAUAGACCGCAAACACCGCCGCCGCCGUCGCGGUCGGUAACAACGCGAAUAACCGUCGACCGGGUAACGACGGUUGGGUUCGCUGCCGAAGGAUCGUAGGCCAAACGACGACGACGACGACGACGACGAUAAUAUUAUUCGUAUUGUCGUAGAGCCUCCGCGAGCCGUACGCAAUACGGGAAGUGAGCGACGACGACGUCGACUUUGCAGCCGCGGGACGCACACUAGCGCGCACGCGCGAGAGGUGUGCGCUGGGCGAUUGUCGCGUGCCGCCGCCGCCGCCGCCACCGUCGUCGAUAGUGAUAAUGCACCGCGGGUUUUGAGAGGUUCUCCGCCGCAGACGACGAUCGGAUGAUGUUCACUUCGUCUCGUCGCCGCGACGGUAAUAAUAUUAAUUGUAAUAAUAAUCGUCGCCGUUGUUGAUAUUGCGAAACACCGUCGUCGUCGAUCGUCGAUCGGCAAAAUGAACACACCUGUCGGCUGCCGCGGACGCCGCCGCUGCUGCUGUCGGUCUGUCUUCGUUGUCGUCGUCGUCGAGCGCGCCCUCACGUCUCGGUCCGGGUCCGCUGCAGGUGGCGAUCAGGAGCAGUGAUGUCAAACGCCAGAAAAACCAAGUUCGUGACCGUCAACGACUACACCUAAGUCAGUCCCCGGCAUGGUGGUGGCCGACAGUGCCAUGUUGUCGUCGACAGCCAAAGAGGAGCUGCUGUCGUCCGCGGCGGACGUGUACCAGCCCCACGUCAACGUGGAUGGUAUACCGCCACCGCCGACGGCACUUGGUCCGCCGUCCGCAUUCCCCGGCAGUCCCCUGACGGCCAAGAAGCAGGCUCUCAAGUCGUUCGGCGAAAUCCAGAGCCUCCUUACGGCAGGCUUCCAGAAGGACGUCAAGAAGAUGUUGCGCGACAACUGCUGGCCGACCAAUCAUCCAAUCAGGGCUCAACUGUGGCCGGCGCUUUGCAGGCAACACGCAUCCGAAAACAGCAAAAACAUGCAAGAGGGAUUUUACUGGGAUCUUGUACGACAAUUGUUUGGGUCUACUGAUCUUCCAGAUAAACCAAUUAUUUUACCGACAUUUGUUGAGUCGAAACACAGACAUUUACAUCAUCUUGAUUCAACAGGCAAGAAUAUUACUGACAGAAUUGUUUGCGUGCUGGGGUUUGCUUGUCCAGACAUCACUUAUAGCCCUGCUAUAUACUCGUUAACAUCAUUGCUGCUACAUUUUAUGCCUGAAGAGGAAUGCUAUAAUAGUCUAACAAGCUUAGUUUCGUCCAAGAACUUAGUAUUUGUAACACAAACAAAAUUAUUGUAUGAAGUUACAUGGAAAACUGUAUUAAAUAUAUGUAGAAAACAUGUUAAAUCUGCUGCGGGGCAUAUUGGGAAACAUUGUCCAAUAAAAAAAUCAGAAAAAAUGUACAUGGAUUGGAUUUGGUGGAUAUUUCAAGGACUACCGUUUCAUCAUGCAGUUCGUGUAAUGGAUUGUUAUCUUCAUGAAGGCAUCAAAGUGUUAUAUCGUAUGGCAAUGGCUAUAUUGCAACUUUUUUACAAAUACUCAACUACAAGUAAUUCUAUUUGGGCCGAAGAAAUAAAUAGUCAUGGAGUAGAUGUGGCUUUGAUGAAUUUUUGCCGUCAAAUGCCGGCAAAUCCACAAAAAAUGCUUAAAACAGCAUUUAAAAUUCGAGGCCUCAGUUCAGCAUACAUUCAUAGAGUUUUUGUGAAAACUGAGAUGAUAUUGAAGAGUAAAGUUGUUUUAUCUGGUUCCAAUAAAUUAAACCGUUCCUGUUCUAGUGAAAAUUUACCUACUAGUCAAUCUCAAAUGAAUAUUCAGAUGGCCUCUCAUACACUUACUAUUCGUGAGGGAGAACAUUCACCAAGCCCUCGUGCUUCCACGAUGGCCAGUUAUCCAAUUAACAAUAUCAGAUCUUUGAUAGCUAAUCAUCAGGAUCUUUUUACACUAUGGUCUUGGUUGCCUGUAAGGAUAACAAUGUACCAACCAAUACUUCUUUACACAACUGAAGAGCAUGGCUGUAGUUUAACUACAUUUUAUGUUAGAGUUGAACACCAUGAACCAACACUUCUACUAAUAAAAACUUGCAAUAAUGAAGUUUUUGGUGCAUAUUGUUCUUCUAAGUGGAUCGAGAGAAACAAAAAGGAUGAUCGAGGGAAUAGACAAGCUUAUUUUGGUACUGGUGAGACAUUCAUAUUCAGUCUAUAUCCGGGUAAGGCAAAAUACCCAUGGGUUGGAAUGGAAGUUGAUAACGUACAUCAUGCCAAUGAGCUGUUUAUGGCAGCUGAUCAAAAAAUGAUCACCAUCGGCGGAGGUGAUGGUCAAGCAAUAUGGAUGGAUGAAAAUGUCCGUUAUGGAAAAACAGAGGGUUGUUCUACAUUUAACAACCCACCAUUGUGUAAAAGUCUGGAUUUUGAAAUAAAAGUUUUGGAAGUCUAUGGUUUUGAUGGAGUGAUUCUUUAAAGCAAGUAGUGAUUCAACUCAAAAGUGACAAGUCUACUAGUCAUGUAUUUUUUUUUAUUCCCAUGGUUACUUAUUUAGUAAGUUACAAUAAGAUUUUUUUGUAAUACAAAAUUCACGACAAUUACAGAACUUUUGUUCCUGGAUUUUGAUAAUAGGUACUUACUACUUAGUUAAUAAUUAUAACAUGUUUUGAGGUUGCAUGAGUACUCGAAUUUAACUACCAAAUUAGAUCCAAGUUUGAAUUAUUUUUGAUUAAUGAGUACUCGGGUAUGCAAAAUAGCUCUAGUACAAAAUUUUUUUAAACAUUUAACUAUUUCAAUUAUUAAAAUAUUACUAUCAUAAUAUUAUAUGGUAUAUAUUUUUUUAUUGCAAUAAAAUAAUAAUUACACCUUAAGUAUUCAUUGUUCGACGUAGAGUUGGGCUUAUUAAACUUUUCACAAACAACUGUCUGUUCCUGCAUAUUGAGUACCGUAAUUAACUCUAAAUGGAAAAUACGAGUAUAUGUGCAACUUUAAUAUUUAUAAAAUGUUAUUCUAUUGUCAUAUAAGUGAUAAAUACAGCCUGUUUCAGAAACAAAAAGCCUAAUAAUUAGAUCAAAAAAAUGUUUUGCUCUUGAGUAAAUCACCAAUGUAUUACAUUGUUGUAUCUGAAUUUUAUCUAAAAAUAAUUUAUUGUGGAUUACAGACUUGAUUGACUUGUUCAUAAUUUAAUAAUGGAGAUAAUAUUGUAUAUUAAGUAACUUAUACUAAUUAUAAAAAAAAGAAAUUCUUUUGGUUGGAUUUUUUUUAAUUCAACCAUGUUUUGCAUUCUAAUGUCUCUAAAUGUGUUCAACAGUUUUUAAUCCUAAUUUUAAGAAAUAUUUUUUCCCAUAUAAUUGAGUAGAAAUUCAAUAAAUCUUAUAAUAUGUUCCUGAAUACAAUUUUGUUGGCUUUUAUAUUCAUUACAGGCUGUAUAUAAAAAAGGUAUAGUCAUUAAAAAUUAUUUUAAUUAAUUGCUUAUGUUAUAACUAAAAAGUGUACUUAAUUAUUACUAAGUGUGUGCGUGUAUAUUGUUAAAAUUGACUCAACAGAAAAUGAUGGAUUAGAGUUGAGAACUACUAGUGUGCCACUAACUUAAAAUAGUUUUUAAAACAAUAAUAAUUAUUUUCUGUUGAAUAUAUUAGGUAUAAUUAACAUAUUAUUGGUAUCGGAACACCAUAUAAAUCACCACUUCAUUAUUUAAUUGUUACAUUUUAUAAUUACAUUUUUAUGAUUCCUAUUAAAUUGUUUAAGGUACAUCUUUCAUCUAAAUACAAACAUACAUACAACUGGUUUAUAAAUGUUAAAAAAUACUCUUUCAUUUUACCAAAACAUAUACAAAAUAGUUUUAUAAUAUGUAUUGGUGAGUUAUCAAACAUAUUAGGUCGAUACUAAUACCAAUACCUAUAUUUGAUCACUUAUUUUGUUUGUUGAUUUUGGGCAUAAGACAUACAUAUUAGCGUGUGAAGCAUUUUUAACCUAUUACUUCGAGUAUAUACAAAGUGCUUUUUGAAAUUUACCAUUUUAUUAGUUUGAAAUGUUAAAUAUCGUGUUCACUAGUUUUACGAUUCAGUUGAGUUUCGGGUUCGUGUAACUGAAAAUUAGAAUAAAUUUGAUUUCAAAUGGUUCAUCAUUGGAGUUAAUUUGAUUCUAAAUGUUUCAUCCAAGAUACAACCAGUACUUAAAAAAUAAGUUCAUAUUUAUACAUUAUAUAUACGUUAUAGAACCGGUUUUGAACAACAUUUUAUUGGGCAUAGGCCGCUUAAUGUAGGCAUAUAAGUGUGGUCUUAUUAUAAUUAUUACUAUACCAUUUGUUACUGAGUAUUGAAAGUUUGUUUUGUUUUUUUUUAUAUAUUACAUAUUCUAUAAUACAUUAGUCAUUAUUGUUUGCUCGGCUAUUUUGUUGUUACCAAGUUAAUUCCAAUAUUAUAUUUAUAUACCAAUAUCCUAAUGGAUAAAAUAGUGUGUUUGAAAUAUCAUGUUAGAUUGUGAUAUAAUUUGUGUGGAGUGUGAAAAAAUUAUACUACUUAUGUUGUAAAAUUGCAUUUUGCAUAUUAUAUUAAAUUAUUAUUAUUAUUAUUAUUAUUAUUAUACGCUUAGACUGCUAUACUCAUAGUCUAGUGACAUAUAUAUAUAUUAUACAAUACCUAUAUUAUAUAUAUUCAUUAUAGUUGACAUUAUUUAAAUACUACAAUACAUAAUAGAUGUCUAAUUUUUUCCAUCGAGCUUUUUAGUUGUUUAAAGUAUACAUACUUGUUGACAAGAGCAUUUUAUGCGCACUCUCAUGUCAGUUUUAUUUAUAUGUUAAUUAAUUUUGUUAAGUUUUUUUUUUUUACCAAGUGUACACACAGAUAGCUUUAUAAUAUUGUGUUUAAUUGUUAAACGUUUAUGACAUGUAUACCCUUGUUGUUUUAUUUUUGUGUGAAAUAUAUGUUCAGUCUCCGGUAAAAUUGUCGCAACACAACCUCAACCUUUUUACAUUCAAAACUUUUAUGGACGUUUUGUUAUAACUAAAAUUAAGGCUAUAAUAUCAAAUAUAAUAUUAUUGCUAUAUGAAAAAAAAUACUGUUGGAUACCUAUAAACACAAUUCAACUAUUCAACUUUGUUGCGACUUCUUUACCAGAGACUUCCAUUAGUUCCAACCAUAUUGCUAUAAUAUGUACAGUAGGGAAAUUUUUAAAAUGUGUUUUUUAUUACUAUUAUUAUUAUGAUUAUUGUUUUUAAUAUUAUUAUUGUUUUUGAAGUCUAGUCUAAUCCUUAAGUGGCGCGUCUUUUAUAAUUCCGCCCAUUUUAUUAUAUCCCUCUCAGCGAUACAAUAUUGUUACCUUUUAAUUGUUUUAUAUAUCGUCGCCAUCUGUGAUAACAUCCAUAUUAUAAUAUAUUAUGUUUCUCCCCUCCAGUCGGCCCCUAUUUUUUAAAUGCAAGUUUUUACUACGUUUAUUCAAUUUUCAUACAGUGAGUUGGCUUUACUCGAUUUCGGAUGUAUAUCGCAUUCUAGUAAACACUUAAAAUGUGGCAUGUACUUAUGUGUGUCCGUCCAGUAAGUGCCGAACAAAUUUUUAUUGUGUACCUUUCCCCGCCCUUGACCAACUGUUAUACGCGUCAUUGCUGUUUAUUUCAUAUGCUAUACUUAGCAUCUUACUGUACAUUUUUGUUACAAUUCACUAUGUUAUUAAUAUUAUAUUAUAUUGAUUCGUAAAGAUGAUUUUUUGUUGUUUAUUUAUUUAUUUAUUUUUUUUUUUUGAGUAAUUUGUUACCAAUUUAGUAUUAUUAUAGACAUUUUAAUACCUUUAUACGCAUACAUAAUAAUAUUAUAGUAUCAUCUGUACAUAACAUUAGGCUGUGUACUUUUUGAAAUGUGUGAGUUAGACCACAAUGUAUUCGAACUAAAUAAAAAUUACAUUUUGAUUAACAGUA